AUGAAAUCCGGGCCAGUCGCAGCGGAGCACGGCAUCGAGUCUGUGACUGCUAUUGCGCUGGCGUACGUACUGUCCAAGGCACCGAAUGUGUUCCCGAUAGUGGGAGGCAGGAAGGUCGAGCAUCUCGAUGAGAAUAUUCAGGCGUUGAGCAUCAAGUUGACGUCCGAGCAAGUCGAGUACUUGGAAAGCGUCGUGCCGUUCAACAUUGGCUUCCCUAGUUCGUUCAUCGGCGAGGACCCCAAGGUGACCAAGAAAAGUGCCUCGAUUUUAGCUUCCACCGGCAAUCUGGCUUUUUAG